CCUGUCGCACCGUGCCUGACUUUGCAGUCGUGGCGAUGGCAACCUUUGUCGACGUUGUGCUGCGCCAGAGUGAAAUCGCGUCGAUGGUUUUUGAGUUUCAGUUUGGCGUCUACGAAGACGUCCUGUCCCGCUUUGUGGCCUUUCACCACCUCGUCGACUUUCUCCCGACGCAAGGUGCGAACAACGGCCUCUACGUUCUGGACCCGGCCUUCCACACGCCACUGCGAGCAGAGCCCGACACAGCCGAUCCAAAAUGGCUGCGCACCGAAGAGCUCUGGCUCAACAACCUCAACACGCGCGACGAGCGCUUCCCGCUGCACCUCGCGAUUGCCGAAGGCGAUCUCGAGGCCAGCACGCGCAUCUUACGCUGUCGCAAAGACCUCGCAUUUCAAGACGUCUUUGCGGUGGCUGCGAUCUACGGUCAUUGCGACAUCCUCUCGCAUCUCUUGGAGCUCCGAACCCAUUCGAACAAUAUCCUAGCCUACAAGUACGAAGAUGGCUACUAUCGCCGGCGGCCCAAGAGCCUCGACACGUGGCUACCACGCCACGUGCUCGCAAAGGACAAUGCGAUCGUCUUGCGU